AUGGGAGAUGAUGCUUCCUCUGAGAUUUUGGAUUCUAAUCCAAAUCCAAGUGCAAGCAAAUGUACAUCAAGGAAAAUGGACUAUACCUUACCACCAAAGAAUCUGCCUACACCUAUAUAUGCUGCUUUCGGAGACAAACAAGAAUAUCAGAGAACGGGCAAGAGUUGUAAAAUGGAAGAGGAGGAUGACAUGGUCCAGAAUGGAAAUUUCAACGAUGCGAAAUCUAAAGCUAAAUUUGGUAAAUAUCCCCAUUUUUAUGAUCACAUUAUCAAGAAUGCCUCAAGAAAGCAAGAAUGCAGUGGAAAAAGUACUAAAGUAUCUGCCUACACCUUUUUGGAAAUCAUACUGGAGAGCUAUCUCCGUGAUAAGGUUAUGAUCGUUCCAGCCUCAUUUGCUAGGAUAUAUAUGCGGGGUGCUUCAAAGGAUAUCAGAGUAAAGAGUAGUAAAGGUGAUGGAAGAGAGCGGGCAGUCCAGAGUGAUUGGAUUAGGAGAGGUGGAUGUUUGCGCUUAAACGGAUGGGCUGAAUUUUACAAUGACAAUUAUUUGGUGGAAGCAGAUGUUUGUCUCUUUGAGCUGAUUCACAUGAGGAAUAUUGUCCUUAAAGCUUCAGUGUUUCCUGCAUAUUUGGAGUAA